CGGUACAAUCGAAACCAUGUACGAUCGAUAAAGUCCAUUAUCUGGAAACAUUUUCUGCAAAAAUUACUUAGCUCUUUCCAUGCCUGUUUAUUUCCCGAGUAGAGUACGGUAUAAGUGUAAAUCGGUCACAAGUGCAUUGCAAGCUAAAAUAUCCUAGCAGGUGAUUUUUGUUGCUGAUUAGCGCCAUAUCCCACAAUGGACCAAUCAGCUGCUCGGUAAACCGCCGUAAAACCUCGAAUCUGUCCGCAGACGAAUGACAACAAAAGAGACUGAUAGAAGUCGCGCGCGCGAGACAGUGGAUUUUUUUCGCGACUCCGCCGUGAAGAUUUGCGGUUUUUUCCAUUUUGUUGCUCGCCGCGAAUAACGUCGGUUUGACCGGUGGUGAAAGCGUCGAGGAAUAUGAAGAGAAGAAAUGUCGAGUGUGGUAAGCUUCGGAGGCCCUUGAAACGCAACAAGCUCACUGAGGGGAUCUACGGAAGUACUUUACUUUAUCUAAAAUUUCUCCUACUAUGGGCCAUGGUAAUUUUGGCAGACUUCAUUUUAGAAUUCCGAUUUGAAUUUUUGUGGCCGUUUUGGCUACUUCUCAGAAGUGUUUACGAUUCUUUUAAAUAUCAAGGCUUGGCCUUCUCUGUAUUUUUUAUUUGUAUUGCUCUUACAUCAGAUAUGAUUUGUUUCUUUUUCAUACCAGUACAUUGGUUGUUUUUUGCUGCUAGCACUUAUGUUUGGGUACAAUAUGUUUGGCAUACAGAUAAAGGUGUGUGCCUUCCAACUGUGAUGUUAUGGUUACUAUUUCUAUACAUAGAAGCAGCAGUUCGAUUAAGAGAUUUGAGACAUAUGCCCUUUCAUUUGGAUCUUUGUCGACCAUUCGCAGCGCAUUGCAUUGGUUAUCCUGUAGUUACAUUAGGUUUUGGUUUUAAGAGCUACAUUGGCUACAGAAUGAGACAGAGAAAACAAAAAGAUGUAGCGAAGGAGAAUGAAUUCUACCUACAACUACUGCAGCAAGCACUGCCUCUAGAGCAACAAACUUCCACUACGAUACAACCGAUACAAGUUCAAUCACAAACACAUAUUACAACACUAGAACAACAUGUUAAAUCACAAAAUAAUAAAUUAAAUUUGCAGUGCAAUCCAAGUCCUGAAAAAAGUAGAGGUAGAAGCAGUAAUAAUUCUAUAGAAACAGGUGUACAAAAUGGUAGUUUACAUAUAGGGACACAAAUUACAUCAACAAACCAAAAUGUAACAACAAAAAAUAAUCAUAGGAAGUCCUUAGACAAAGGUGAAAAGCAAGAAGAGCAACAUAAUAAGCAUAAUGUAACAAAUGUAUCACAAUCUGAUAAAAACGAUAAAAGAUUUAUACAUACAAAUGGGAAUACUGUUAAUCACAGUGAUAUGCAGUUCAUUGAAAGAGUUGGAUCAAUAAAUGAUUUUGAUGCCAAUGAAAUAGAGAAAGAUAAAUUUAUUAAAGGUGCAAAUUGUGGGCAUACUACAAUAAAAUCACAGACUAAUGGUUCUGUAACAGGAAAGUGGAAUAAUAUAAAAGAAAAUCGGGAAUCAUCGUCCACUGUUAAUACUCAACGUGAACGAAAAACACGUCAAGUGAAAGCCACGGUUGAUAAUAUAACUGAGCAGCAAAAGCAGCAAGACGAAUAUUGUCAAAGGUUACUGAUGUGUCGCAGGCUUGAAGCUGACAUAAAACGCUUGAAGUCAGAUCUGCAAUCCAGUCGACAACUGGAACAGGAACUUCGUUCCCAGAUUAGUUCUCUACAAAAUGGAGAACGUCAAGCUAAGGGUGAUAUACAGCAACUUCAACACGAUAACGAUCAGUUGCAAAGCAAAUUACAUGGAUUAGUAACAGCUCGUCAAUUAGAUAAACAAACAAUGUCUUCGUUGGAAAAACGAAUCGCAGAAGAGCGGAAACAGCGCACUGCUUGCGAAGCAUCUUUAGUUUCUGAGAGGCGAGCACGACGAGCUGCAGAAGAAGCACGAUCUGCAAUUCCGCCUCCACCUCCGCCACUUAUUAGACAAGAAUGUACAGAUACUUGUAAAAGUCGUAGGACACAAAUGGAACAAGAUCUCAAAAACUUACGGCGAGAACUUAAAACGAAGGAAGAGAGGUGCAACAUAUUAGAAAAAGAUGUAACUCGUUGUAAGGAAAAUCAUAAAGAGUCUGAAAUUUUACUCGGUGCACUAAAUGCGCUACAAGAUAAAACUGCGCAUUUAGAAGACAGCUUAAGUGCAGAAACGCGCAUAAAGCUUGAUUUAUUUUCUGCACUUGGUGAAGCCAAGCGACAAUUAGAAAUCAGAGAAAGUUUAAUUAGAUCUCAAGAAAAGGAAAUUGAAAUGUUAAAAGCAAAAAUAGCUCAAGAUUUAGCUGUGAUGCCACAAGAUACAUUUGGACCUGCGCCAACCUGUGCGACAUCUAAGCUUCGAUUAAAUAAUGAAGUACGAGUAGCAGGUACGAAAAUACGUUCAAAUGAAAGUCUCUGUCCAGGGUGUACAGUUUCAAAUUUGGAUCCAAAUGCGACAGCGUAUACACCUAAGAAUUCCCUAAUAGCGUCUACCGAAGCUUGAAGAAACAAUUUUUGGCCACAUUAUGACUUCACAAAAGUUGGGUAUAUAUUUCAUAAACAUGUUUCAGUCUGUUUCUCAAUGGAAGUAUAAAUAUGAAUUUAUGUUUUAUACGUGCAUAUACUUGUUUUAUUGAAAUCAAAGUUUUGUAUUUAAAAUCCGUAGGACUAAUGAGACGUAAGAUCUUUUUAACACUUAUAAUGUAGAAUAUUUGUGUAACAUUUGCUUAAAAAACGUGGCUCAUGCUAUAAAUUUGUCAAAUUUCAUAACAGGAGAUAUCUUUUAUAAAUGUCUUCCAUGGGAGGCUUCUAGAAACAUGUUUUAUAUCGUACUUGUCACCUGAAUUAAUACAACGUUAUUAACUACUUAUGACCAUGGGACGUGACUAAUACUAAAUUAAAAAAGUAUUUAAAAAUUAGUUACGUUCUGUUAAACGUGCUGUAGGUCGAUCUAACAGGUACCUUCUUCAUCUUUUUGGUACUUGCAACAGAUGUAUUAAGAAGAAUUAAAACUAAAGUGAGGCAACAGUGACAUGCGUAAUCUAGUUAUAGAUAAUUAUUAAAUUUUAAAUUAAAUUUAGUACUUCUAUUUAGAUGGUAACGUUUGAUAAAUUUACUGUUGACGUUUAACAGAAAACUGUAUAUUUUACUAAUUUUUUAUAGCGUUCGAAUUAUAUCGAUUUUCACAUAACACUUUCUAUUUAAAAAUACCAUAAUGUAGAUAUAAAGAGCUAGAAAAACGAUAUAAAUUGGAUCGACGAACGACUAGCGGCAUAUCUUAUUUGUUAGAAGCAUAGAAAAAUUGAAGACUCAAUCUGUAUUUGAUCCUCCUACAGCAUAUGCCUAAAUCUAUGACGACUUGUUAUAGACACAAAUCUUGUUCAAGUCGUAAUCCGAAGCUAGUCCAGCAUACAAACUGUAUUUAAUGUCUUUGGCAAAUGAAGCCAUUUUAAGUCAUGUGAUCAUCCAAAACCAGCCAUUAAUACACAUUGAAAAACCUGCCGUUAUCAUUUGAGAGGAUUGAUGUAAAUGUUAGAAACGCCAAAUUUAUUUUGAAAUAAUCGCCAACGUAUUGAUUCUCUC